AGGUGGGGGCUGUGGAGGGUGGAAGCGUUAAGUCCCGGGGGCCCCCGGGGCCCCCCCGCUGCGGCCCGCUGCGGCAGAGUCCUGCCCACUCCUUGCAGAGCUCCGAAGCCCGGCAUCCUCGGCCCCCCGCCCGGCCUCAGUUGGGUCGGCUUUGCCGCGUCGUAGCCCCGACUGUCUCCACCUGGUGCUAGGCCCGGAUCGAGUCCCGGAGCGCCUCCCUAGCUUACCUCACAGCAGCCCUCUCGCCUUGCUUCGGGCCUGGGAAUCCUCCCCUCUGCUCCGGCCGAUUUUAGGUGAAGUUUUGAGAAAGAAGAAAUUGGGGACGGAGAGGAAAGUGAGGAAAAUCAGAUCCCAGCUCUUCAGGGAGAAAGAGCUAUAAGGAGCAACACAUCCUCCACCUGCAACCGUCAGGUGGAAAUAGCAGGUUGAGAGGAGCCGGAGCUCACAGGCCUCCUGGGAUAAUAGUCCGAAACAGGCUGGUGCUCCCCUCCAGCUGAAGGUGUUCGUCAGCUGCCCAGGGGAUGUGAUUGUGAGGCUGAAUCUGCAGACCCCACAGGAAGAGGGCUCCCGGGGCCAUGGCCCAGGUCAGCAUCAACAGUGACCUUGGCGAGUGGGGCUCCAGCACGGACUCCGGGGAGCGGGCCCGUCUGCUGCAGAGUCCCUGUGUGGACACAGCCCCCAAGAGUGAAGGGGAAGCCUCUCCUGAGGGUCUGGGCACAGGCACCACUUCCACCAUCGGGGCCAUCUUCAUCGUCGUCAAUGCCUGCCUAGGAGCGGGGCUGCUCAACUUCCCUGCAGCCUUCAGCACUGCGGGGGGCGUGGCAGCCGGCGUGGCCCUGCAGAUGGGCAUGCUGGUCUUCAUCAUCAGCGGCCUCGUCAUCCUGGCCUACUGCUCCCAGGCCAGCAAUGAGAGGACCUACCAGGAGGUGGUGUGGGCCGUGUGUGGCAAGCUGACGGGAGUGCUUUGUGAGGUGACCAUUGCCAUUUACACCUUCGGCACCUGCAUCGCCUUCCUCAUCAUCAUCGGGGACCAGCAAGACAAGAUUAUAGCUGUGAUGGCCAAGGAGCCUGAGGGGGCCAGCGGCAGCCCCUGGUACACAGACCGAAAGUUCACCAUCAGCCUCACUGCCUUCCUCUUCAUCCUGCCCCUAUCCAUCCCCAGAGAGAUCGGCUUCCAGAAGUAUGCCAGCUUCUUGAGCGUCGUGGGCACCUGGUACGUCACUGCCAUCAUUAUCAUCAAAUAUAUCUGGCCAGAUAAAGAGAUGACCCCAGGGGACAUCCUGACCAGGCCAGCUUCCUGGGUGGCCGUGUUCAAUGCUAUGCCCACCAUCUGCUUCGGAUUUCAGUGCCACGUGAGCAGCGUGCCCGUCUUCAACAGCAUGCGGCGGCCCAAGGUGAAGACGUGGGGUGGGGUGGUGACAGCCGCCAUGGUCAUUGCCCUCGCUGUCUACAUGGGCACGGGCAUCUGUGGCUUCCUGACCUUUGGAGCUGCCGUGGACCCCGACGUGCUCCUGUCCUACCCUUCCGAGGACAUGGCUGUGGCCAUUGCCCGCGCCUUCAUCAUCCUGAGCGUGCUCACCUCCUACCCCAUCCUGCACUUCUGUGGGCGGGCGGUGGUCGAAGGCCUGUGGCUGCGCUACCAGGGGAUGCCGGUGGAGGAGGACGUGGGGCGGGAGCGGCGGCGGCGUGUGCUGCAGACCCUCGUCUGGUUCCUGCUCACCCUGCUGCUGGCACUCUUCAUCCCUGACAUCGGCAAGGUCAUCUCGGUCAUUGGAGGCCUGGCCGCCUGCUUCAUCUUUGUCUUCCCAGGGCUGUGCCUCAUUCAAGCCAAACUCUCUGAGAUGGAAGAAGUCAAGCCGGCCAGCUGGUGGGCGCUGGUCAGUUAUGGUGUCCUCUUGGUCACCCUGGGAGCCUUCAUCUUCGGCCAGACCACAGCCAAUGCCAUCUUUGUGGAUCUCUUGGCAUAACCACUGCCUCCCAGGGACAGUUGUGGAGUGAAAUCAGGCCUCACACCUCUGGACAGCUCAAACCCGGCUCCCCUCCUGCUCUCCAGUCCCAGCAGUGCGAGGAUGGGGGGAGGAGGUCUUGUGUCACGGAAGAACCGUCCCCGUCCUCCAACUUUCCCCUUCUCCAUGCCUGAAGAACAUGGGUGAAGAGGGUCGGAACACCUCCAAAAAAAAGAACCCAGCCUGACUCUCCUUUGGAGAAAGAGUGCGGGCAAAGGGCCACCGCCAUCCUCCACAGAGCAGCCUGUCCCGAGCAAGAGCUGCGCUCACUACCCCGGGACUCAGCCCCUGCUCCAGAUUGUCAGCUGCUUGGCCCGCAGUGGCUUCUCUGGGAUCUGGCGACUUCCAAAGGUAGCACAAAAGUCAUACAGAUGCACAGAGGUAGAUAGAGUCAUGCCUUGUCCACCCCAUCCUGGGGCCUCUUUCCCCAAACCUGAGGGUCCAGGCAUCCCUGUCUUCCUCCAUCGCCAGACAUCAUCAAGUCUAAUGUUUACAAAUGGUGCCAGCCUGGCUCCGAACCAGAGGCCGGGGCCGCGCCGUGCCGCCACGGUGCUGUGAGUACCCCUCAGUUAGCUUUUCCCCUGGCAGGAUGUCUGCUUUUCUCUCUCUGAUUUCAGGUGGGCCCCUCGUUUCAGAGGCACAGGGCGGGUGAUAGAGAAGGCUGGGAACCUUCCAAACCCAUUCAGGCUGGGCUAGUCAGGGUCAAGGCGAGCCUCUCUGAUAGCUUCUCUUUCAAUGACUGCUUCUCUUCUGCCUGCCCUCCAGUCACUUCUCCCCUGUCAGCCCUAGCGGGGUAGCCCACAGAGAAGAGCAGCUGAGUUGUCACUGACUAGGCAACAUUUGAGUGUAGUCGCGCCAGUCUGGAAGUUUCCCUUCCAGUCCAGAUCUUGUCUGCUCCCUCCCUGCGUGGUUUCUUCACCCCCUACCCCAUUUUUCUAGCUCAGUCUCUCCUGCUUACAUAAGCCUGGGGGUAGUAGGGGGUGUGCCAAACCUCUUGUCAGUUUCCGCCACUCCAGGGGUCCACCAGGCGUGGCCUCAGUGGCCUAUCAGUCACACUGAGGUCACACAUGGAUUGUGUCCCAGGUAGGAUGAGGAGGGACACUGUCCUGGUCUGCAUUCCCAUUUUUCCCUCUUUGGCUCUUCACUUUGACCAGUCCCAGGCAUUGAAUCGAGCUUCCUCCACCUGGAACUCCCAGCAUUUCCUCGGCCCCUCCUGCCCUAAACCUCUGUAGCAAAGGUGAGCGGGGGACCCCCACACAGCAGCCCACCACUCAGGGCGAUGAGAUCACAGAAGCAGAGGCUGGCUGGCAGCCAGAUAGGCUUCUGCUCAGUUCCCAGACGGGAUGACCGCCUUUCCUCACAUCCCCCCACCCUGAGCCCCUAGGGCCAGACCCACACUGCUGUUUCCUCUCAGCCCCUGCACGGCCCCAGGCCCUUCCAGCACCCAUCCCUGCCAAGGUUAGGACGGUCCAGUCAGCAGGGCUACAUAGCCUCCUGAUGUUGGAUUUCAGCCGAGGGAUGGGGGAUGUGAGGGGAGUCAUCGCACAGAAGGAAAAGGAGCUGGAAUCUGGCCACCUGGCCUAACCUCAGGAGCCCCCUGCGCUGCCCUCCCCACCAGGGUAUUUUACUGUUUCUUUUCUACUUGUGCACAUUCGUACCAGGGAGGGUGGUUAAUAAAAAGAGGCUGUGCUGCUGA